UCCCGUUGCAUUCCGGCCACCAGAUUUGACCGCCUAUGAGAGGUUUAAAUGUUGUUCACGUGCUACGUCCCACACUUAUAUUGCCAGCUUCGACAGGCUAUCCUGGUGUCGCCCGCUCUCUUCGUCUCAAUCCAGCCGAAAGCACACCCAGUUUCCACGCAUCAAACGUAGGAGGGUCAACUCACUCGACAAACCGUCACAAUGGCACCCACUCAGAAGAAGAGCAAGAAGAGCAUCGAGUCCAUCAACUCGAGGCUCGCCCUCGUGAUGAAGAGCGGCAAGUACACUCUUGGGUACAAGUCGACUCUCAAGACCCUCCGUCAGGGAAAGAGCAAGCUCAUCAUUGUGGCCGGUAACUGCCCCCCUUUGAGGAAGUCUGAGCUCGAGUACUACGCCAUGUUGUCUAAGACUGGUGUCCACCACUACACUGGAAACAACAUCGACCUCGGCACUGCCUGCGGGAAAUACUUCCGUGUCGGUGUUCUGUCCAUCAUCGACGCUGGUGACUCCGACAUCAUCGCCAAGCCCGAGACUGCUUAAGCUCACUCAGUCUUGCUGUAAACAUCACUCCACACUACCCUAUCUUGGGUUUUUGUAUUUGGUCGAUAAUGUCAAAUAGGGAACUGUUUGCAAAACCAUAUUCUUAUUUCGUGCAACGCA